GACUGCGGACACAGUACAGGAGAUGACCAGAGACUGCGGACACAGUACAGGAGAUGACCAGACUGACUGCCAGAGACACACAGUACAGGAGAUGACCAGAGACUGCGGACACAGUACAGGAGAUGACCAGAGACUGCGGACAGUACAGGAGAUGACCAGAGACUGCUGACACAGUACAGGAGAUGACCAGAGACUGCGGACACAGUACAGGAGAUGACCAGAGACUGCGGACACAGUACAGGAGAUGACCAGAGACUGCGGACACAGUACAGGAGAUGACCAGAGACUGCGGGCACAGUACAGGAGAUGACCAGAGACUGCGGACACAGUACAGGAGAUGACAGA